CUAUAGACGAAAGAAACAAAAUAAUAAAAAAUGACAGACGAAGCUAAUUUUGCGGACCAAAUAGAAAACGAAAAAAACAGAACGAAUGUGCGAUGUCAAUUUUGCAACAGCCUAAUGCUAAAAGCCAAAGAGGCGAGCUACUGUGAGCAAGAGGUGAACGUGCCGCUAAUGGUACAGAAGAAGGAUAGUAAAUCUGACUCUCUGAACACAGAGACCCUGCGUCAUUUCUGGCUGGUCGAGGAUAUGAUGACAUUCGAAAAUAUUGGCUUCUCCCACACUGUGGAUGGACGCAAAUUUCUAGUCUGCGCCGAUUGCGAACGCGGUCCAGUUGGCUAUCAUGAGCUCUCCACCAAACGUUGCUACCUGUCGUUAAAGCGUGUCGUGCACGUGGAUGCCUAGGUGGUACAACCUGUGCAUAUUAUAAGUGUUGUGGUCCUGAGCCAUGCACAGCCAGCUUUUAGCCUGCUUUUGUUGUACC